AUGAGGAGCAGAAGCAAUUCCGGGGUCCGCUUGGACGGCUACGCUAGGCUGGUGCAGCAAACCAUCCUGUGUUACCAGAAUCCCAUCACGGGGCUGCUGUCUGCCAGUCAUGAACAGAAGGAUGCCUGGGUGCGAGAUAAUAUCUACAGCAUUCUGGCUGUGUGGGGCCUGGGCAUGGCCUACCGCAAGAAUGCCGACCGUGAUGAGGACAAGGCCAAAGCCUAUGAGUUGGAGCAGAACGUGGUGAAACUCAUGCGGGGUCUUCUGCAGUGCAUGAUGAGACAGGUGGAUAAAGUGGAGAAGUUCAAGCACACUCAGAGUACAAAGGACAGCCUGCACGCCAAGUACAACACUGCCACCUGCAGCACCGUGGUGGGUGAUGACCAGUGGGGCCACCUUCAGGUGGAUGCCACCUCCCUCUUCCUCCUGUUCCUGGCCCAGAUGACUGCUUCAGGUUUACGUAUUAUUUUCACCCUUGAUGAAGUUGCCUUCAUACAGAAUCUUGUUUUUUAUAUAGAAGCUGCAUAUAAAGUUGCUGAUUAUGGAAUGUGGGAACGUGGUGAUAAGACUAAUCAGGGCAUUCCAGAAUUGAAUGCAAGCUCUGUAGGAAUGGCCAAGGCAGCACUUGAAGCAAUUGAUGAACUGGAUCUUUUUGGAGCCCAUGGAGGACGCAAGUCAGUGAUCCAUGUCCUGCCUGAUGAGGUUGAACACUGCCAGUCUAUUCUGUUCUCCAUGCUGCCAAGAGCAUCGACGUCUAAAGAGAUUGAUGCUGGACUUCUUUCUAUUAUUUCUUUCCCGGCCUUUGCAGUGGAAGAUAUGAACCUUGUGAAUGUGACCAAAAAUGAAAUUAUUUCGAAGCUCCAGGGGCGUUAUGGAUGUUGUCGUUUCCUUCGAGAUGGUUAUAAAACCCCAAGAGAGGACCCAAACCGAUUGCAUUAUGACCCUGCAGAACUCAAGCUCUUUGAAAACAUUGAAUGUGAAUGGCCUGUGUUCUGGACAUACUUCAUAAUUGAUGGGGUCUUCAGUGGUGACGCUGUUCAGGUCCAAGAAUACCGAGAGGCCCUGGAGGGAAUAUUAAUCAGGGGCAAGAAUGGGAUCCAUCUGGUGCCAGAACUCUAUGCCAUCCCACCUAACAAGGUAGACGAAGAGUAUAAGAAUCCUCACACGGUGGACAGAGUUCCUCUGGGGAAGCUGCCCCAUCUGUGGGGUCAGUCCUUGUACAUCCUCAGCUCACUCUUGGCAGAGGGAUUCCUUGCCACUGGUGAAAUUGACCCCUUAAAUAGAAGAUUUUCCACUUCUGUUAAGCCUGAUGUUGUGGUACAAGUGACUGUUCUGGCAGAAAACAACCACAUUAAGGACUUGUUGAGGAAGCAUGGAAUAGACAUCCAGAGUAUUGCUGACAUUCACCCAAUCCGAGUCCAACCAGGCCGGAUCCUUAGUCACAUAUACGCCAAGCUGGGACGCAAUAAGAAUAUGAAAUUGAGCGGGCGACCAUAUAGGCACAUUGGCGUCCUUGGAACAUCUAAACUCUAUGUGAUUAGGAACCAAAUAUUUACUUUCACACCUCAGUUUACCGACCAGCAUCACUUCUAUCUGGCCCUGGACAACGAGAUGAUCGUGGAGAUGCUGAGGAUUGAGCUGGCUUACCUGUGCACCUGCUGGCGGAUGACGGGCAGACCCACACUCACCUUCCCGAUCACCCACACCAUGCUCACAAAUGAUGGCUCAGACAUUCAUCCUGCAGUUCUUUCUACAAUUAGAAAACUAGAGGAUGGAUAUUUUGGAGGAGCUAGAGUAAAAUUAGGGAGCCUUUCGGAAUUUCUCACCACGUCUUUCUACACGUAUCUGACCUUCCUGGAUCCAGACUGUGAGGAAAAGUUAUUUGAUGAUGAUUCCAACGAAGGGAGCAUCAGUCCUGAUAGCGAUUCAGAUUUGGGAGGAUAUUUCGAAGAGUCUUACAAUCGAGAAAGCCAGGAUGAACUUGACCAGUAUAUCAACAACCUCCUGCAGAGCACAUCGUUGAAAUGCUACCUGCCCUCUCUUCGUAAGAAGACUUCAGAAGACACCCAUGUUUUCAGUGCUAUCCACUCCACUCGGGAUAUACUUUCCGUGAUGGCAAAAGCAAAGGGUUUGGAAAUUCCAUUUGUUCCCAUGACUUUGCCAACUAAAGCUCUAAAUACACACCGUAAAUCGUUGAAUCUUGUUGAUUCUCCUCAUCCACUCCUAAAACAGGGUCCGGUCCCCGAAGGUGACUUCCAGUGGCCCAGAGAUGGUCAUGGCGAUAUGGACUGUGAGAAGCUGGUCGAGCAGCUGAAAGACUGUUCAAACCUACAGGACCAAGCAGACAUUCUGUACAUUCUGUAUGUGAUAAAGGGCCCCAGCUGGGACACAAAUCUCUCCGGACAGCAUGGAGUCACAGUUCAAAACCUCCUCAGUGAGCUCUACGGGAAAGCUGGCCUGAACCAGGAGUGGGGUUUGAUCCGCUACAUCUCUGGCCUGCUCAGGAAGAAAGUGGAGGUCCUGGCCGAGGCCUGCACAGACCUGCUGUCCCACCAGACGCAGCUCACAGUGGGCCUGCCACCAGAGCCUCGGGAGAAGAUCAUCUCUGCGCCCCUUCCCCCGGAGGAGCUCACAAAACUCAUCUAUGAAGCCAGUGGGCAGGACAUUAGUAUCGCCGUCCUCACACAGGAGAUUGUGGUCUACUUGGCCAUGUACGUCCGGGCUCAGCCCAGCCUCUUCGUGGAGAUGCUCCGGCUCCGGGUCGGACUGAUCAUUCAGGUGAUGGCCACGGAGCUGGCGCGGAGCCUGAACUGUUCAGGAGAAGAAGCUUCUGAAAGUUUAAUGAACCUCAGCCCUUUUGAUAUGAAAAAUCUCUUGCAUCAUAUUCUAAGUGGAAAGGAAUUUGGCGUUGAGAGAAGCAUGCGGCCUAUCCAUUCUUGUACAUCCAGCCCUGCCAUCUCCAUCCAUGAGGUGGGACAUACAGGAGUCACCAAAACUGAGAGGAGUGGCAUCAGCAGGCUAAGAAGUGAGAUGAAACAGAUGACUAGGCGAUUUAGUACCGAUGGACAGCUCUUUUCUGUGAGCCAGGCCUCAUCCAGCACCUCGCAUUGCUUCAAGUCUAUGAGGUCCAGCACCCCACCUUCGCCCACUGGCACAUCAUCGUCAGACUCAGGAGGGCAUCACAUUGGCUGGGGGGAGCGACAGGGCCAGUGGCUGCGCAGGAGAAGGCUGGACGGGGCCAUCAACAGGGUGCCUGUGGGAUUCUACCAGAAGGUGUGGAAGAUCCUUCAGAAGUGCCAUGGCCUGUCCAUCGAUGGUUACGUGCUCCCGUCCUCAACGACACGAGAGAUGACUCCGCAGGAGAUCAAGUUCGCUGUCCAUGUUGAGUCAGUGCUGAACCGUGUGCCUCAACCCGAGUACCGGCAGCUGCUGGUAGAAGCCAUCAUGGUGCUAACGCUGCUCUCAGACACCGAGAUGAAUAGCAUCGGGGGCAUCAUCCACGUGGACCAGAUCGUGCAGAUGGCCAACCAGCUGUUCCUGCAGGACCAGAUGUCGAUUGGCGCCAUGGACACCCUGGAGAAAGACCAAGCCACAGGCAUUUGCCACUUCUUUUAUGACAGUGCUCCAAGCGGGGCUUAUGGGACAAUGACCUAUCUAACAAAGGCAGUGGCUUCUCAUUUGCAAGAAUUGCUGCCCAAUUCAGGCUGCCAGAUGCAAUAG